ACUGUCGGAGGAAGCGUAUCGCUCUCGGCCUCAUUCCCGCGCUCGUAACAUCGCUCGGUAUCUCUACAGGGAUGUUUGUUUCUAGAUAGUGCCUAAAAUUUAGAGGAUUUCAACUGUGCUGUGUCAAAGUGUGGACAACGUGAAAGUGCUCGUCGUUUUAACGUCGAUCAAGAAAUAUCUGUGGACAAUCAAAAUACUGAUAACAAUAUAAGUUAAGGUGAUAAGUGUAAAUGAGCCACUCCAAAGGAUCUCCGACGAGAAAUGAUAAAUUAACAAAUGCCGUGAUUUCGGGGCCACCAUUAAAAAGAUAAUUUAGAAGAAAUCUGCGUAUGGCCGAAAGAUACACGAGUAGUCCAACUAAAGCGUCACCGUACGCUUUUUGGACAUCCCACAAUGCUUGGAAUCAUCUUCAAGGACCUCAAGGAUCUGCUUUGCCAAAAUUUAACGACAUAAGUGCGCAUAAAGUUGAAAAAUCUGAAGAUGUUCUUCAAAGUGAUUACGGUGACAUAUCUAGAGUUCAUAGUGAAAGUGUUAUAGCGAAUUCAGAAGAUGAUGACAUCAGGAAAGACGUCUGGAGCGACGUUGAUGAUGAAGUAUACAUAGCGAAUGUAAUCAAAGCGAGGACUAAUGAAGUGAGGAGGGAUAAACGUGAUAUUUAUAGUGAUAGUGAUGUUAGUGAGGUUGUGAGUAGUGAUAAGGUAGAUAACGAGAUGUGGGAGCUAGAGCCCACGGACCUGAGUGAGUGUGAUUGCCUUGGACCACCUCCGGAGUUCCUGCUGCCUCCUCCUCCGAGGCCACCUUUCUUGAGCGCGGAGUACUAUUGUGGGGACGACCCGAUACCAGAUUUGGAGACUUGCGACACGGAACCAAAGAUAGACGCGUACAACCACAGUGGGCCGUCGCUGCAGACGUCGGCUGCCAUCGCGCUGUGUUCCAUCGUGCUGGUGCUAGGCAUCUUCGUCGGCGCCAUCCUCGUUUGGAAACACAAGCGGAAAGUGACGAACCUCCUCCCCUCCAAGUCUUCAGCGCCAAACCAGAGCACAGGGUCCCAGAGGAGGGCGCCCCCUCCCGCACCCCUCUACGAAGACCUCCAGGACCUGCCUAGAAGACCACCGCUGCCGCACAGGCCGGACUUGGAACCGCAAUUAGAGAUGGUGGAAACAAAAAGGCCCAACUGCCCUGGAAGAGUCUUCGUCUGCGGUGCUGGUGGCACUUGGAGAGGAGGGAACACUUGCGGAGGCGACGCCUGCGGUGCUCCUCUGUACGAGGAACUGCCUCACAGAUCAGACGACUCCCUCCACAGUGAUGACCACUUCGCUGAAGACGAGCUCAGUCUUGUAGGCGAAGCAGCACCCUGCCGGACCUGCUCCAGACCACCAGCACCCCAAUCCUUGCCUCACAGGCCCAGGCAUCAACGCAUGGACCGACGCCCUAAAUCACUAGAAAGACGACGAACGCAACACAGAAUGCCAAGGCAUGUACAUCCACCUGAUCCUUCAGAAUUCCACGAAGGAGUACUCCUAGAUGCACUGCUAAGGCUGUAUCCUCAAGUGGGAACAGUUGGAGCUAGACCGCAAGGACCUUUGCAAAUGGGGGCCGGUGGUGCGUGGCCUGGAGGUGAACUCCCUGGUAUUGCAUGCUGGAGAGGACCUAGAGCUUCUCCAAAGCCUCCAAGCGGAGAUUCCUCCUUCGGAUCUGAUUCCGGGUACAGCAAUAAUACUUGUGGAACCUGCGGAACGAGAGCGUCUUCUAGACAUCGGUUAUCAGCGGAGAUACCCAUGUCAUGAACAAGUGAACUUCCAUUUGUGACUUUCAAUUGUUGUGAUGGUUGAAUGCCAUGACUCUCCCAUAGUGUGUGAUGUUGAACAAUCGAAUUCACAGUGCAGGAAUUAUUGUAAUCAUUGCAUUUAGUAGUUUACUUUCUCUCGGCCUAAGAUACGUUCACGGCCUCAAUUUCAAUGCCUUCUAAUAUAGCGACCACUGAUACGUUAUAAUCCACUGUCAUUUCACCAAUUUUGAACCCUUUAGGGACUACUUUUCUACAACUCUGUACAAAGUUAAAUUUAUUAUCAAAGUAGAAGGUUCGUCCCUAUUUAGAUUUAGCAACUUCAUUUCGAAGACUUGUAACGAUCAUUUUAUUAGCAAUUAAAUAAUGGUUUUGUACAAAAUUCAUGUGACCAUAUUUUUAGGUAGUGAUAUAGAAGUUUCGUCCUAGUAAGUUAUUUCAAACUAGUCCUAAAAUUAUCACAUUCAUUACGAAUUAUUGAUGAUAAAAUUCUACACGAUGAUUUUCGUAUGAAAACUAAGAGUUGUAAAAUUUUUGAAUUUGUAGAUAUUGUAAAAAUGUAGGUAAACGAAUUACAAGAGGAAUAGUAAGUUGAAUUUUAUAAUCAUAUCAUUAUAGGUAUCCACAAUACAUUAAAACACACCUCUAAAUUGUUUUGAAAAGAAACUUUUUAAUGUCUUGUUUUAAUUUUAUCACUGGUGCUAAACUUUUCAUGUGUUUUAUCUUCGUAAAUUAUACUUAUGUCCUUUUAUUCAUCGACAAAUGCUUUUAUAUUUAUAUUUGUAAACGUUUUGACUUAAAAUGAUUUAAAUCAUUACUUUUAUUUUGUUUCUGACUCAACUAAAAUUAACUUAAGUUUGUAAAUGAAGUACAUAUUUUUUGGUGGUCCAAAAGUAUUGUUUUUGUUUUCUGUUUUGUGUGUAUAAUUUAAGUGAUAUUUAUUUUUUUACCAUUUGUUUUAUUGUAUAGAUUAAAGGUUGCAUCACUUAUGUAUUACAAAUCAUGGACUGGUUUGUCCGAUCUGUAAAUUAAUAUGA